AUGUUGCUGCUGUAUCCACAGGAUCAUAGUGCGUGUCAGUAUUUAGAGCCAAAUGCUCUUACACACAAGAAAGUAUCAGGCAGGAUCAAGGUCUGCACUCGAGGAUUAUUUUUCGUUCCUCAAGACUUCCAGCUGCCGAUUUUACGCUUUCCAUUCCGUUGUAUGACUUCAGAACCCGUGGCUGAAUGUUUCUUGCAACCUCACAUAAGCUUGAAAGUUUCACGUUAUAGUACUGCAGCUCCCAUAAUUUACUUGACGUUCCAGACCCAGCAGGUGAUUGAGAUGAGAGAGCGAGGUAUUGAUCAUCCAUAUAUAUACAAGGAUACAUGUAAUACAAAAGUUAUUCAUGUCAGUGACACUCAAAGCUGUAGGACACCACCAGCCAAGUAUAUUUUUACUCUGCAACAUGUGACGCUUGAGGCAUUUCUCGCGAGCAUUCACAUUGUUUAUGAAGUGUCGAAUUUACCACGCCCAUUGCUCACGAAAGCUGAAGAAGAAGCGUUAUUGGCUCCAGUGUUAGCCCCAAGACUGACGGAUCAAUUUGACCCCAGCUUGCUUAUCGAUUUCCGGGAAAGACUACGUAUGGAUAAAGGGUGCGUAGCACAUCGCAUUGAGCCAUUGCUCAAGUUUCCAGGCUGCCUCAUGCUCACGACCCUGAGACUUUACUUUCAGCCGGCACCUCUGAAUAACGUUCUUGAUCCUGUGCUCAAUUGGGAAUAUACGAACAUUGAUCAGGUCUACAAGCGACGUUAUCUUCUUCAACAGAUUGGGUUGGAAGUAUGUUUGAGUAAUGGUGACAGCUUCUUCUUCUCAUUCCGCUCCCAAACAGAGCGUGACGAUUUUUAUGCGCUUUUGUUAGGCCAACCAGAGCUGCAACGCUGUCGCCGUAAGGACUUGCAGUUUAUGAUGCGUAAGUGGCAGCGACGCGAAUUAUCCAACUUUGAUUAUUUGCUGUUUCUUAACAAUGCCUCAGGCCGGACGUGCAACGACUUGACACAGUACCCUGUUUUUCCGUGGAUUUUGCGUGACUACACAAGCCUCGAACUGAAUCUUGAUGACCCUGAAGUGUAUAGAGACCUGACUAAGCCCAUCGGUGCGCUGAAUAAGGAGCGCCUUGAUUAUUUUAAGGCAAGAUACGAAGUCAUGCCUUGCGGCGACGAAGCGGAGGGAAUGCCGCCUCCAUUCUUGUACGGCACGCAUUAUUCAACUCCCGGUUACGUGCUGUAUUUCCUUCAGGCGAGUGGCUGCAAAACAAUAAACAUCUUGAUCUGGGAAUUAUGCAAAAUUUUGGCCGUGUUGAUAACGUGGUGCUUCCCCCCGUGGGCACAUGGCGACGCAAACGAGUUUGUACAGAAGAACCGCGCCGCGCUCGAGAGUGACUUUGUUUCUGACAACUUGCACCAUUGGAUUGAUUUAAUAUUUGGUCAUAAGCAACGAGGAAAGGAAGCUGUUGAGGCUAAUAACUUAUUUUACUAUUUAUCAUACGAGGGAUCAGUGGAUCUACAAGCUAUUGAGGACCCCAUACAGAGGUGCUCAGUCGAAUCGCAGAUUCAGGAGUUUGGCCAAACGCCAAAGUUGUUGUUCUCUACGCCGCAUCCGUGUCGAAAUGAGGGCGAAGGGAAGAUUGAAGUGGCUACUCCGGACUUACUUGUAUCGCCACGAGCCCUGGCUCCUCAAAUUUGCAACGUCUUCUUUCCUCGUAAUCGUUCGUCUGAUGUUUGUCAUCGACAUCAAAGAAAAGUCGCACUAAGUUCGUUCGAAGAUUACGGAGAGUCUGAAGGCGAAGAUUAUAACCAUCGUCGAAGGCGCCACAAAUGUGGUAUCAUCUGUAUCCAGACGCCAUGGGCACGUAUUCCAAGUACUAUCGAAGGCCUUUCCAGCCAACUAUGGGGAAGUGUACGAUCAGGCAAACCACCUAAGAAGUGGACGUGGAGAUCUAAGCUUCGCACCAAGUACAGCCCAUCAACCUCGUGGAGCUGGAAGCAGAUUUCUGCUAGCCAGUUGCACAAAGGAGAAGUCACAAGUACCAUUCUUUCCAAGGAUUCCUCUUUUCUACUGACGACCAGCAAGGAUAGCUCACUAAAAUUAUCCUCAACCCAGGAUGUGGCCCAAUAUCGUACUGUGUCAGGUGGGUUUGCGCUGUCUUGCUGCGAUAUAUCGCCAGAUGAAAGUGUUGUGCUCGUUGGGUCAUGGGACAAUUGUGUGUACAUGUACUCAGUAACAACUGGGCUUGUGCUGGACAAAGUAUUUGCGCACUCGGAUGGAAUUUCUGCCAUUCGUGUCCUCCAGAACCGCUUCUUCACCAGUUCCUGGGAUUCAACUAUCAAACUUUGGCGGUAUACGUCAAGGCACAUUAUAUCAACACCCAUACGUACUUUUCUAGAUUGCAAAGAGUCUGUCUUGUGCUUGGAUGCCAGCUGUGACGGGGUUUUCGGUGCAGCAGGGACUCGAAAUGGGUUUAUCUAUUUGUUCAACCUUGAUCGAGCACUGCUACACAACCGCGUUCAAGUGGGAUUAGAACCUGGAGCUGGAAUCUCAUCGGUUUCGUUUGCUGAAGACAAUAGGUCGUAUGUCUGUGUGACUGUACAGAGCGAGUUGUUUCAAUUCAAUCUCCGUGGUGAAAAGCUUUGGAGCAUGGAGAUUUGCACAGCAGGCCAAGUCCGAUGCUUUGAAAGUGAUGGUAACUAUGGUGUGGGUUGCACAACCACCGGCUCCAUUCUAUUCUGGAAGCUACACGAGGCAGCAGGCACAGAGCUAGUCUACGAAAUCCCACAAGCUCAUGACGCAAGCAUUAGUUCUCUUGCAGUCAGCUAUUGUGGUUCAAUCCUCGUUUCCGGUGCUAUGGAUGGUUCUGUUCAUGUCUGGCAACUUUACAAGAAGUCAUGCUUACUUGAAAAUCGACAAGUUGCUGUAUCUCUCUCAAGAGAAUCACAAAUGGUGACAUAUGGCUCCAUUCAAACGUCAACGUUAUACAUUUCCAAGCCAACAACGACGGCUUUUCGACGUCGUAAUGUCGUCUAUUUUCCGAAUUUCACAGCUCAAUUUGCAGAAGCACAAUGUUUUCUUGACUUUUAG